UUUUUAUUUUGACAAGUGACAUUUUGAAUUGAGAGGUUAUAAGAAAAGUUAAAACUAGAUUUAUUAAAAAAUACCAAAAUAUGGCUAAAUAUUUUGGUGUGGAUAAGAUUUUUGCAUUUCUCAGAACAAUUAAAGAAACUGGAGGUAUACGAGCUUCAUUAUAUAAAAUUUACAGGUUCGACAAUCUGAGGCCAGGAACUUUGGUAGGAACUGAUAAAUUUGGUAACAAAUAUUUCGAAAAUCCUCACUACUUUUAUGGCAGGAAUCGUUGGGUUGAAUAUGCUCCAAAAUACGGAAUGGACUAUGAUGGUAGCCAAGUACCAGCAGAAUGGUUCGGUUGGUUACAUUAUAAAACCGAUUAUUUACCAACAAACGAUCCCACCAGACCUAAAUACGAAUGGAUGGCGGAACACACCGAGAACAUGAGUGGUACUCCAGGUCAGUUCAUGCCUUAUUCCACAACGACACCAAAAAUACAAGCGUGGGUCCCACCAAAAAAUUAAACUAAUUAAUUAGUGGCCACUUGUUAAAUCGAUUGUGUAAAAGAGCCUACGGCUCAUGUAGUUUAUUUAAUUUGUAUAAUAUUAUAAGUUUGUUUCUGCA